CAAACACACCCUGUAUCUAAAAGCUGUAAAAUCGCUCACCGACUAUCAUGAGCACAAACCCUAAACCCUGAAUCAAAAUCUGCCCGUAGAAACCAAACAACAUCCAUGGAGGACAGCUUCAAUGCUCGAGUCGACAAAACUUUCGGAUCUCUCCAAGCUUCUUCUUCUUCCUCUUCCCAACCUCCAUCUUCUCUGAAUUCUCUCUGGUCCCUCACCGACGAAGAAAUCGAACGAAACAAAUGGCUACAAGACAAAAUCGAUCCCCAAAAAGACACCGAUGAACUCAUUCACCGUCUCAACAACCCUAAACCCUAUUCCCCCUUUCUCCAAGGCCUUGUUUCCCAACCCCGCACUUCCAAUCGAGACCUGGAGUCUGAUAUUCAAGAGCUUGAUGACGACGAAGAUGACGAUGAUGAUGAGAACCGGAAGUCGCAAUUGUCUAAACCGGAAGAUCACAGCAAUGAGGAGUGGGAUAUUCGAACUUCUGUUGGUAUGGAUUGCACUCUCGAUAACGAGGAAGAAGAAGAUGCAUUUGACAAAGUGGCUGUAGGCAAGGAAGAAUCCGCGGAUCGAUUUUACAUGAAAGAUGUUAAUGAUUAUGAAGUUGAUAUAGAUCCCAUCAACGAGCUUCCCAGAUCAUUUACUGAUGUAACCAGGGACCCCCGAGCAAAUCACACAGCAGCAAAACUCAGACUCAAAGAAGAUGAUGAAUCCGCUAGAAAAUUGUGUUUGCAGGUGUCGGAGAACAACAUUCAGGAAUCAAAUCAAAUUGCUACCGAAUCCAAACAACAGAUAGUGAUGAAUGAACCUCCAGGAUCAAGUUCUAGCGUUCCUGAUCAUGUACGCAAUCCGUCAAAAUACACGCAUUAUACCUUUGAUUCAUUGGAUAAUGUUGAUGAAGAAUCUAAUCGAAAAGCUUAUAUGGAUUUUUUUAAUUUAAUGAAGAAGGGGUCUGCUGCCAUGGAGAUAGAAGAUGGUGUUUCCGCUGAUUCUCUAACGUCAGUAGUUUUUACUCCAAGAAAGAAGUCAGGUGAUGUUUCAAUGAAGAAAAGUAAGGUAGAUGGACAUGAAGACAAAAAAGCGGUUUCCAUUAGUAUUGCUGAUAGUGAUGAGGUUUGCAUGAUGGAUGAAGAUGAGCUGGAAAUAGCAACCGAUAAAAGUAGCAGCUUGCAGAAAAGUGGUCGCAGAUAUCGAACAAGAGGCAGUACUAGUGUUGAAUGAGGUAUUGUUACUUUGCACCAAGUAUUGUUUUUGCCAAAUGUGCUACAAUUGUUUGUGUAUUCGUUGAAUUGUGUUUUAAGGAGUUUUAUACAAUGGUCUUGGGAUAAGAUGUGGUUCCUAA